AUGUCUUCAUCAAUCGGUGGACGGUCUCUUUUCCUCCUCUACGUCCGUAGAGCGGAGACGCUGCUGAAGCCGCAAAACGAUCUCAUGGAUUUUCUAGCGAGUCAAGUAGAGAAAAGGAAAAGCGACAUCGCUCAAGGGCUUCACUCGCUGGAAGGAGAAGGAAAUGAUUUCGUUGACGCCUUCCUCAUACAAAUGGAGAAAAAUAGGAAACUCGGUGUAGCCUCCAGCUUUGACGAUGAAUCCUUGACGCAUACACUACUUGAUUUAUGGGCAGCUGGUCAAGAAACCACAGCCACAACACUGAAAUGGGCGUUCGCUUAUCUCCUAAUGUACCCAGAGUUCGAUCCAGAGCGCUACAUGAAAGGGCAGAAACUUGAAGAACAAGUGAUUCCGUUUGGAAUAGGACGACGAGCAUGUCUUGGUGAAUCAUUAGCACGAGCGGAGUUGUACCUUGUGAGUUCACUCCCUAUCUUGAGGCCAGUCAGUCUUAUUAACUGA